AUGGUGGACAGGAAGUCCAAGAGUGCGCCUGCUGACUGCUUCAGUUGCUUCCGCUGGCUGUCAGCCCAGCCCCCAAGCACCUAUGCGAGGGCGGACCGUUCACCAGACACCUCUCCGCAAAGUUGGGGCCUGCCACCUGACAUCGAUGAGGUGCCGUCAAAGGAGAGACCUCGAGUUGGUAGCUGGGCAUCUCCCGUCCCUUCUUUUGCAGCACCGUGGGGCACAUGGCAAAUGCCGGAACCCAAGCUUCAGGUGCUGCCCCAGGCGCUGGAUAUUAAGCUAAGUAUUUCCGAGGAGACGCCAGGCCACUAUGUCAGCAAGGCUGUUGCUACUGCACAGCCACACAGGCUACAGGAGAUCGGCUGGCGACAGGCGGGGGCAAGAUAUUCUCCACAGCCUGGCUUCAUGCUUGAACAGAUCCUGGCAUCACCAGGUAGACUGCCACCACAUGAAUCACGCAGUGACAGAGCUGUCGCUGACGUUGAGAAGGCUUUGGCCGAUUUGCCGAAGUAUGCGACCACCAACGAGAGAAUUGCCAAGUGCCCUCGGCGGCUUCUCACCGAGCGUGGCCUUGCUGGACAGCAGCUUCGGCGUGGCAUUCUAAAGGGCAGCACCAUUGCCUUCAUCACCACCGGUUAUGAAGGCAAGCGUUUCAUCUACGAAAAAGCCUGCGAGCUGGGUGUUCGAAGUGUCCUAGUUGAUAGCGCAGACUCCUGGAGUCGUCAGCUCGUUGACGAGGGCAUUGCCGUGAAAUUCUUAGCCAUCGACAUGUCGCAGUCCUCUGACCGCUUGCUCGAGUUUUUGAUCGAGGCGAUCCGGAACCUAGAGAAGGAUCCAAAGAUCGGCAAAGUGGACGCCGUGGCGACAUUUGCAGAGCUUUCUGUUCCCUUGACUGCACGCUUGGCGGAGGCUUUGGGUGUGCCAGGUCCGGCACCCGAGUCAACCGACCAAGCCAGGGACAAGUUCCUGACCAGACAGGCCUUGGCGAGAAACGGCCUCCCGACUCCCCCCGUCUACGAGAUCCUCUCCGAGCAAGACAUCGACCCGGCCAUCCGCACCGUCGGAUUCCCGGCCGUGCUCAAGCCGGUGUCUGGUGCUGCAUCCGUCGGGGUGAAGAAGGUAGAGAACGAGGCUGAGCUGUGGUCUGCAUACAGUGUAUUGACCUACCAGAUCGGAUAUCGGCUCAAGCAAAGUGGACGCUGCGAAGGACCUUCGGCACUUCAUUGUGUGGAGUCCGACGAACCUUCAGAGGGGCUGAAUGUGAAGAGCGAGGAGUUCCUGGGGCUGCCGGUGGAGUCCAGGCAAUGCCUGCCUGCACUGCAGGAUAGCGUUGAGGACGGCGUUCUUGGAGGGUUCCAGCUGCACUCUGACGUCUUCCUUGCAAAAGCGGACGCGCAGCUUUUUCGCCAGGAUGUCGCGGACGAGGUCCAGCAAGCAGCCAGUGAACUUUUGGACUGGCUGGACCGUGGAGCUGCGACCUCGGCAGAGCGACUUUCGACGGAGCACGGGCUGCUGGGGGUUCGGCCACUCACGUUGGAAGUCUCCGGCUCGGAGGAGAUGCGACGCUGGUUUGCAGGCCAUGCGCCACGUGGUCUAACAGACGAUUUGUCAUCUCAGUUGUGUCCGCGAAGACUGCAGUGCACAUUGCGCAGCUGCAAGAAGCAGGAGAAGGUCAAGAGCCCAAUCGCGAACACACUGUAUCCUGGAUCGCAGCUGCUGGCCAAACUGGUGCUGAGCUGUCCAGAACUAGUUGCCGACAAGCGGGUGCUUGAGAUCGGGGCUGGGUACCAUGGAAUCCCAUCAAUGGCUGCUGUGCUAGCGGAAGCUCACACAGUCGUCGCAACGGAUGUGGAUCCGGCUGCGCUUCAUCAGCUGCGGCUUAACCUGGCCGACGUCAUGAAGGGCCGAGGCAUCGACGCAAAGGAUUUCGACGACUUCGAGUCCUUGGCCUUGGAUGGCCUCGGUCCGAAGGUCUCCGUGUUGCGACUGGAUUGGUGUGCUCUGCCCACCUCCGCUCCAUCCUUCCAGGUGGUUCUUGCCUCUGAGAUCAUCCAUGAACUCUGGAUGGGGCAAGCGGUCUUGGACGCGGUCUCUCGCUUCCUGGAGCCAGGGGGGUUCGCCAUAAUCGUGAAUGCAGCAUCCUACCACCGCUUCGGCGCUGAAGAGUUUCAGCAGCUGUUGCUGGCGACGCAGUACAACGUGCCUGAGAAGCAGACCACACUGCCAGGAGGCUUCUCGAGCAGGCGAUUCCAGGUCAGCUGCGAGGCCAUAGGGGGCGUCGAUACUGAGGAUCUAGCCUACGACUGCUAUGUUCUGCAGAUUGGCAGUGCGCAGACGAGUUGUGGCAGAGAUGUCGUCCUCGGCUGCUGGAAUUUCGGGCACAACCAGGACGCCUCUCGAAACCUAUGGUACGCACCUUCGACUGCGAAGUCUCAUCGACUCCUUCUUCCUGCACCGACGAAAGCGACAAACUUCUCCAGCUUUCUUGUCGAUGUCAGCGACCAGACCAGCACGCAAGUGCUCGUGUGCGACACGGGAAAGAUCGUGGUAGAUGCCUUGGAAAGCUCUGCGAAAAGACGACGUGGAGGGCACAGCAUGACUCAGUCUAGUGCCUAUCGGGCCGGAUUUGAGCCGAGCCUCUUCCGGGCAGCCGUAGGCGCAAGUGCGGUGAUCGGGGCACGCUUUGUGCUCGAAAGCUACCUUGAUGGGGAAGAGGUUGAUGUGGAUGUCGUCAUGUCAGAUGGUGAAUGGCAGUAUGCGGCAGUGUCGGACAAUGGUCCUACGCUGGAGCCUUAUUUCAACGAGACGUGGGCGGUCUCUCCAUCUCUCCUGCCUCGUGACAGGCAGCUGGCGCUGCGGGAGCUGGCAGUCAGCAGCGUCAAGGCGCUUGGGUUUCAGGAUGGCAUCUUCCACGUGGAGCUGAAGUACACAAGCCAACACGGAGCUCAACUCAUCGAGGUAAAUGCCCGAAUGGGUGGUGGCCCGGUAUAUUCCACUAAUCUCAAAACCUGGGGGGUGGAUCUCGUGGAAGAAACAUUGUUCUGCGCGGCUGGAAUUCCAUCGCGGCCAGUGGCAACGAGGAAGCCCGUUGAGUGCAUCGCCAAUGCCGACGUGAAUGCGCUGCGGUCGGGAAGACUUGUGGACCUCAGCUUCAUGAAGCCUUUGCUGCAACGUGAGGGUGUUGUUUCGCACAACUGCCAUGUAAGAGAAGGGGAGGAGGUCGUCGGACCCCAAGAUGGUUUGCCAACUUGGCUUGUGGAGGUGGUGGUUUCCAGACCAACACCUCGUGAGGCUCUGGACUUUCUCAUGAAGCUGGAGGCCGAGAUCCAAGCCUUGGUGAAGUUGGCGUAG